ACACGACUCUUCUUCUUAUUUUUUUGCAGGAUCUCAUUUCCCGACCAAACUCAUCGAACUGAGAACUCACUGUAAUAAAACUAAAAAAAGGUGUUAGUUAACAAACGAAACACCAAUGGCGGUUUAUUACCCAAGUAAUGUCGGUUGUUACCAGCAAGAACCAAUCUUUCUCAACCAUCAACAACAACAACAACAAGCUUCUUCUUCCUCCGCCGCCGCUUCUUUCACCGUCACCGGCGGCGAUAAUAUUCGAAACGAGAUGGUUUUUAUCCCACCCACCACCACAGGAGACGUUGUAACAGGAAACGGUGCCGUUUCGAGCAGCGAUCUAAGCUUUCACGAUGGUCAAGGACUGUCUUUGAGCCUUGGUACUCAGAUCUCUGUUGCUCCGUUUCACUUUCAUCAAUACCAAAUGGGUUUUGCUCAAAAUCCUUCAAUUUCAGUCAAGGAAACGUCACCGUUUAAUGUUGAUGAGAUGAGUGUGAAGAGCAAAGAAAUGAUGUUGUUGAGUCAAUCUGAUCCUUCCUCUGGUUAUGCUGGUAAUGGUGGGAGUGGAUUCUACAACAAUUAUCGGUAUAAUGAGACAUCGGGAGGGUUUAUGAGCAGCGUUUUGCGUUCUCGGUAUCUUAAACCGGCUCAGAAUUUGCUUGAUGAAGUGGUUAGUGUCAAGAAAGAACUAAACCAAAUGGGGAAGAAGAAGAUGAAAGUUAAUGACUUUAACAAUGGUUCUAAGGAGAUAGAAGGAGGAGGUAGUGGCGAGUUAUCGAAUGAUUCGAAUGGCAAAUCGAUGGAGUUAUCUACAGUUGAACGUGAGGAGCUUCAAAACAAGAAGAACAAGCUUUUAACAAUGGUUGAUGAGGUAGAUAAAAGAUAUAACCAAUAUUACCAUCAAAUGGAAGCAUUAGCUUCAUCAUUUGAGAUAGUAGCAGGACUUGGAUCAGCUAAGGCUUACACAUCAGUCGCUCUCAACAGAAUCUCUCGCCAUUUCCGAGCUCUUCGCGACGCAAUAAAGGAACAAAUUCAGAUUAUUAGAGAGAAACUUGGGGAGAAAGGAGGAGAGUCAUUGGAUGAGCAACAAGGAGAGAGGAUACCAAGGCUUAGGUAUUUAGAUCAAAGGUUGAGACAGCAAAGAGCUUUGCAUCAACAGCUUGGAAUGGUUCGACCUGCUUGGAGACCUCAAAGAGGUCUUCCUGAAAACUCUGUAUCUGUUCUUCGCGCUUGGCUCUUCGAACAUUUCCUUCAUCCAUAUCCGAAAGAAUCUGAGAAAAUCAUGCUUGCUAAACAGACAGGAUUGUCAAAAAACCAGGUUGCUAAUUGGUUCAUAAACGCGAGAGUUCGUCUAUGGAAACCGAUGAUCGAAGAGAUGUAUAAAGAAGAGUUUGGUGAUGAAUCUGAGUUACUAAUCUCCAAAUCUUCCCAAGAACCCAACAGCACAAACCAAGAAGACUCCUCAUCGCAGCAGCAGCAGCAAGAGAACAACAACAACAACAACCUCACUUAUUCAUCUGCAGACACAACAAGCAUUGUCUUCUCAUCAGAAACUAAACCAGACCGUGCUCUAGGCAAUGAUAACGAGCCACAACAACAACAACAGAUAAACAGGUCAUCCGAUUACGACACUCUGAUGAACUAUCACGGGUUUGGUGUUGAUGAUUACCGUUACAUUAGCGGAAGCAACCAACAAGAAAGCAGAUUCUCCAAUUCCCAUCACUUACACGACUUUGUUGUUUGAUAUGAUCUGGUUCUUGGCACAGAGGCCAUGAUUCUUGAAGCGCAAGAAUGCUUCUGCAAUUUUAUAGUUUUAGGCAUAAUACACACAUUGUCUGUGGAAUAUAUAGUAGAUGUGUAGGUUGCUUUUUGUGUAUAGUACACUCGUAAGCCAAAUAUUGAUAUGUGUGUAUAAGAUUCACGGUGGUAUAAAGGAUACUUGCUAGU